AUGGUCGUGAAGGCAUGCAAUCGCUGUCAUUCCGCCAAAGAGAAAUGCACCUUCCUCGGUAGUGAUCAACAAUGCACGAGAUGCCGCCGGUUGAAGAUUCCAUGCUCGGUAUCCCGUCGUAGCGGACGCAUAGGGCGUCGCCCAUCUGCUAAGACAUUCCCUCAUGGCCAAAUGCAGGUGUGGAGUGUCGAAACGAUAGAGCACAGUACUUCAACGGCGUCUAGUAGCAAGGACAAACCAUCUCGUGCACCAAGCCGAGGCUCAGAGUCAGCCUCUCAGUCAGAUGCCACCGAAGAACUGCAAACCCCCACCUCUAAUAAUAGUAUCAUCUUAUCUUGUUCGCCGGAGAGAUUGCUUGCGUCUCCGAAGAAGCUACAAACAAUGUCCGACGCCUUGCAGACUGUGUUAGACAUGCAGCAGUUCUCGAUGAUUCAUGCACCUUUCGCGCUUGGAACCAGCUUUAUACCCGAAUCUCAAAAGACAAUAUAUGCCAUCUUGUCAUUUUCAGGGUCAACGUUGGCGGAAGGAUACCUGGCGUUCUUGGGAUUGAUGACGACUCAUCAACGAUCUCUUGUCCUGCGUCCUCAGCAGCCUGAUAUGCGAAAAGCCGCCAAGGGUUUACAGCGAUUGAGAGAUGUGACCAUUAGCCACGAUUAUGAUGCCGCUUGCGCUCUGUUUCUUGGACAGACGAUGUACGUGUUCAAUGUACUCAGCGCCCCGUAUUCGAACACAGCGCACUCGAUCGUGCGCAGCGCGCUUCUAUCCGCAAAGCCGUGGUUUCCAAGAUUGAUUCAAGCCCCGAUCAUGGACACUGUUAUCAUGUCGCCAGUUCUGAUCGAUACAGUCGAGUGUUUGGCGCAUCGUGAGGUUCCUAUAAUCCGACUCCCUAAUACAGAACGCGUUAUUAUUGAUCGAUACGCGGGGCUCUGUGCAACACUCUUACCUCAUCUAUGGGACAUCUGCGAAUGUAGUCACACCUUCAAGAAAAGCCUGCAAGACCCCCAUAUGGAGCCAUAUGUGGAGUUCUAUGAUCGGCUGGCCGUGAUAGAACAACGGAUUAGAGACUGGGCCCCUCCGAAUCCGCCUGAGUUGUAUGCCAACUUUGGGCAGCAUGAGGUAGUGGCGAUGAUGACUCAAGCGAAUGUAUAUCGACUAGCAGGUCUGCUGGUGAUUCAUCGUCACCGAUUUCCGCUAGGUGUGGAGGACGAAACGGCCAAAGCUUUGGCUGAGAGUAUUUUUUCGGCGAUGAAAUUGUUUGCUCAAUCAGCUGCUGAAAAGUCCACUGCGUUACCCAUGGUAUUUCCGAUCACGAUGGCCAUGUUGGAGGUUGAAGGACCAGGAGAAGCUUUGUUGGAUAUAUUUGCGGCGUUCACUGUUCAGAUAGCAAGUGCACAUAGGUUGAAGGAAUUUGUGAAGCAGAUGAGAGCAGCGAGGGAAGCUAGAUAUGAGGGGGGUUUGGUACGAACUAGUGGAGACACAUUUGCAGGUGGCCAUGCCGCCCUAGCUUCUGGAACAGAGGCUUAUACUAUCAAGGGACUAUUAAUCCGGACCCAUGAGGUCAUUUUUUGUCAAUAA